AUGCCUCAGAAAGUCUAUGUCACUUACAAUCAGGUGCACAAGCUCUGUCAGACUUCGGCAGAGUCGAUCUUGAAGGAGUUCCACCCUAACCUGAUGAUCGCGAUCGGCGGUGGCGGCUAUGUUCCUGCGCGCAUUCUCCGAUCUUUCCUCAAGCGCCCUGGCGACCCCAACAUCCCCAUCCAGGCGAUCGGGUUGUCCCUCUACGAGGACCUCGGCCGCGGUGACGCCGAGGAGGUCCCCGGAACUAAGGUGACCCGCACACAAUGGCUGGACUUGAGUUCACUGGAGAUGGCCAACCUGAUUGGCAAGAAUAUCCUAAUUGUGGACGAGGUUGACGACACCCGUACCACUUUGGAGUACGCCGUGCGCGAGUUGGAGAAGGACGUACAGAUUGCUCAGAAGCAGCUUGGCCGUGAGGGCGAAAAGACCAACUUUUUCAUCUUUGUUCUGCACAACAAGAACAAACAGAAGAAGGGUGUGCUGCCUACCGACAUGAUGGAGGGUGGUCGCUACCACGCCUCGGUCACCACCGACGAUGUUUGGAUCUGCUAUCCCUGGGAAGCUAAGGACAUUGACGAGCACGACCGCCUCGCCAAGGAGAACCCGCUUGUUUGA